UGCCAGCGGACGAUUCGCGCGGCCGGUGCGCGUCCCGAGCUACUGCUGCUGUUACCGCUGCCAUCCUCCCGUAGUGCGGACGAGUGCACGGAACCGGCUCAGCGACGAUCAGCCUCCACUCGAUCUCCCCCGAGAGGGUGCCGGACCGGGUGGGAUAUGCUCGAGCAGUGAGCGAGACCGGUUUCUCCACAAGGCUCGUGCGCUUCGCAGCGCGGUGGGGCGGCACCAAUGCCGGCCAGGAAGGGCCUCCUCGCGCCGCAGAACACUUUCUUGGAUACUAUCGCCACGCGCUUCGAUGGAACCCACAGCAACUUUGUACUGGGAAAUGCGCAGGUGCCGACGAUCUAUCCGAUCGUCUACUGCUCCGAUGGCUUCUGCGAGCUGACGGGAUUCGCGCGGGCGCAAAUCAUGCAGAAGGGUUGCGCCUGCAAGUUCCUCUACGGACCGGAAACGAAGGAGGAGGAAAAGGCCAUGAUCGACAAGAGUCUGGAGAGCAAGACCGAACUGAAGAUGGAAGUUGUCUUUUACAAAAAGAACGGGAGCCCAUUCGAUUGCCUACUCGACAUUGUUCCGAUAAAAAAUGAGAAGGGUGACGUCGUUCUGUUCCUGGCCUCGCACAAAGACAUCACGCAUACGAAGAACCUUCAGCUCUGUGAGUUGCACGAUAGUGACUCGAAUGGCAAUAUCGACCCUGAGGCACCGCCUUCCAAUUACGGUAGAAGAAGGAGUCGCGCCGUCCUUUAUCAACUGUCGGGCCAUUACAAGCAGGACAAUAAGCACAAAAUUAAGCUAAACAAUACGCUUCUGCAUUCCACUGCACCGCCUUUACCGGAAUACAAAACGUCAGCGAUCAAAAAGUCGCAAUUUAUUCUUAGCCAUUACGGCGGCUUCAAAUCCUGCUGGGACUGGUUGAUACUCAUCGCGACCUUUUACGUGGCAAUAAUCGUUCCCUAUAACGCGAGCUUCAUCAACACCGAUAGGCCUACGAUGGUCAGUGACGUUGUCGUCGAAGCGCUCUUCAUUACCGAUAUCGUUUUGAACUUCAGAACAACAUACGUGAGCAGAAAGGGCGAAGUAGUCAGCAGUAGCAGAAGCAUCGCCGUGAACUACGUGAAAAGUUGGUUCUUGGUCGACCUCGUGGCGGCAUUGCCGUUUGAUUUUCUUUAUGCCUCAGACGUUUACAGCGGCGAGGAAUCGGCGCACAGCAACAUACACCUGGUGAAGCUGACGCGGCUGCUGAGACUGGCGCGUCUCCUGCAGAAGAUGGACAGAUACUCGCAGUACAGCGCGGUCAUCUUGACGAUGCUCAUGCUGUUCUUCAUCCUGGUGGCGCACUGGCUCGCCUGCAUCUGGUACGUCAUCGCCGAGAAGGAGAGACUGCGUAACGACAAGGAUUGGGAUCUCGGCUGGAUACACACCCUGGCUGAGCGGUUGAAGAUAUCCGUGCAGAACGUCACGCACACGGAGAGCUACAUUACGGCGUUGUAUUUCACUUGCAGCAGCCUGACUUCCGUAGGAUUCGGCAAUGUUUCGGCGAACACGUUCUCGGAGAAGUUCUUCUCCAUCUGCACGAUGCUCAUCGGAGCCUUGAUGCACGCGGUGGUAUUCGGCAACGUCACCGCGAUCAUUCAAAGAAUGUAUUCGAGGCGGUCGCUGUACCAGACGAAGCUGCGCGACCUCAAGGAUUUCUUGGUGCUCCACCAGAUCCCGGAGGAGCUUAAACAGCGGAUGCAGGAUUACUUUCAGACCAUGUGGUCGCUGAAUCACGGCAUCGACGUGCACGAGACGCUGAAACAAUUUCCCGAGGAGCUGCGCGGCGACGUCUCGAUGCAUCUGCAUCGCGAGAUCCUGAGCCUGCCGAUAUUCGAGGCGGCGUCCCAAGGCUGCCUGAAGUUGCUGUCGCUCCAUAUCAGAAACAACUUUUGCGCCCCUGGCGAGUUUCUCGUGCACAAAGGCGACGCGCUCUCCUACAUCUAUUACCUGUGCAACGGUUCCAUGGAAGUCGUGCAGAACAGUAUGGUGGUCGCGAUUCUCGGGAAGGGCGACCUGGUGGGCUGCGACAUAAACGUGCACCUGCAGCACGGUAAUAACGGCGGUGGCACGUCGAGCUCCGGUUCGGGUGACGUUGUGGUGAAGUCUAGCUGCGACGUGAAGGCGCUAACUUAUUGCGAUCUCAAGUGCAUACACAUGCAGGGCCUGGUGGAGGUGCUGAGACUCUACCCGGAAUACCAGCACGAAUUCGCACACGAUAUACAGCACGAUCUUACGUACAACUUGCGAGAGGGAUACGAAGCGGAGCAGGAGUCCGACGUGAACGGCCCGUCGUUGACACUUCCCUCCAUCAGCGAGGACGACGAGAAUGCCGUUGAGGAGGGCGAGUCCUCGCCCUUAUCGCCGCCGAACAAAUCACCACUUCACACAUCCUCGAGCCCGCGGCAUGCCAAAUUCAGGGAGGAUUACAGGGAAGGCCGACGCGCCGGGAGGGGAGUGCUGGUGCGAGGAGGCAGGGCGGCCCAGGUGAUCGCCCAGGAGUCCAUGGAGGAGCAUAUCCGAGGAUCGGUCGAAAGGUUGGAUAAUCAAUUUUCCACGCUGCAUCAGGACGUCGCGACGCUCAGCUGCGAGGUGCGCAACGCCAUCCAAGCGUUGCAGAUGCUCGCCUGCUCACCCCAGAGUAACCCAAACCUGCCGACCCCGGCGAAUCGCGGCAGCGGGGUCCUCGCUAGGAGCUCGUCCCAUCCGCCGGACGCGAUUUGCUGGAACCCGCCGGCGAGGCUGAUCGACGCAUCGACGCAGACCGACUGGCCGGUCGACCUGCUCGAGGCAUGGGUGCGCGCGAAUCCUCACAGGGUUCUCAAGAUCCUGAAUCUCGAUCCGGACCUGCUCCUGAGGCUACAUCCGCCCUCGCCUACGCCGUCGCCGUCUUCGCCCCCGCCGCCCCCGUACGAACCCCUGUCGCCAUUGGUGGCCACGCCGCAACAAUCGCCGUCGCGAUCUCUAACGACAGGAAACGACAGCUACGUCUUCGAGAUAAGCCGCGACGUUUCGCACAUUCCACGCUUCUGCAGGCCGCCGAACUCAGCCUGGAAUCCCGACAACAAGCAGUCGCACCGCUUCAGCGCAGGUGACGCCGACAACGCGUCCUUGUACCAGGCGCUGCGACGUCUUCCGGAGUCACGCUCAUUAAAGUUCGAUCCGUACGACAGUUGAGCUGGUAUUUGCUACGAGCUCGCGGUAUUCGCUGAUGGACGAACGAGGCAGACGGAGGACGACGAAGGGGGCAUCGCCGAGGCAUCGUCGUCGAGAACCGCCGAGCGUCGAGCUCUCAAUUAACCCCAUCAAGUCUCACUCUAAUCGGUUACGGGGAAAAAUUCUUCGCUGGCCCGGCAAAUUGUUUGUUGUCACUAUAGCGACGGCAAAAAGAUUUGUUAAGAGCCUCAAUUGCUAAUUGAGCCAGGUAAAUUCAACCACUAUCGCAGUGACGUUUCACGGCCGAAACGGCGAAAUUAUAUUUUCCGUGCAACAAAUCUUUUCGCUGUCACUGUGUAGUGACAAACAGUCUGCUGUGCCAGCAGACGAAUUUUCUCCGUGGCAAAACGACCUCGCGAAUAUUAUUACUGAUCGACGACGACAUGUCGUGGUGAGCGUCGUGUACGACGCGACCGAGAACGACAGCGCUCUUUGUUUACAGAUCGGGAAGAAAAAUGAGGGAAACGAUCGAUUCUCCGUCUCUCUCGACUGUCCGAUUGAGAUUUCAUUCGGUGACUUUUCCGUUCUCGUCGCUCUUGUCGAAUCUGUUUAUAUAACGCUGCGACAUUCCGCGCUACUUCGCAGUCCGUAACAGCGGGCUUCGGCGAAAUCAUCUCCGAGUGAAGAAUCGACGCACGUGAAAAAUCGACGAUACGAGCCGCGUAAAUAAGUUUGAACUUGACUGACGACGACGAUAUGACGACGACGACGACGAGGACGCAUGUCGGACGGAGGGCCCGCGCUGUUUCAAACCACGGCCGGGUCGCGCAUGCAAAUGCGAGACCGCAACAAUCGCUCGUUUGCGCGAUAGAUGUAACGUUUACGUUUCCCCUCCUCGAUAACGUUAAUCCGUAAUUUCGUUGCACCGCUUAACUCUCGAUCGCAGCCACGAGCGUCGAAAUUGCGCCGCUCGAACGCGGCCGACUCUUUUUUUCCGCCGGUUCGAUCGCAAAACCAGACGAAUUAAAGACUGAUACUCGCUCGUAACACACGCGUAAACGUGACAUUGCAUAUCAAAACGCACGUGUUUCCGCUUUCGCGUUCGAGCGGGGGCGGAAAGUGAAAUACUGUGUUAACACAAACGUUCUUUCCGAUAACCUUUCGCCACACGUGAAGAUGUUCAAAUGUUGUUCCAUUGGAAUAUCAACGUCUCGUUUAUUGCAACGGGCAUAGUUCGUUAAUAAUUUCACCAUUCAUUUUUCACGAUCGAUAAACAUUGAAUGAAAUAUUAUACUAGAGGCUCGCGAAAGCGCGUCGGGUCGAAUUGCAGAUAUUAUUGGCUCGAAGGAUUAAUCAUUUUACAGACGGGGAUGAAAUAAUUAUGAAAAAUGGCGGUGGAAGAGUAACGACGGCGGAUAUUUUAAUUGAACGUGGCGUGUCUUGUUUCUUUGCCUGGAUAAAUUAAAUUAAUUAAAUUAAUAAAAUAAAUAAAAAUGAAAAAAGUCGACAGAAAAAAGAAACACGGCUGGAAAUUCGACAAACUUUCGCACGAGCCCCUGAUAUUAAUAUAUAGGGUGUUUCAAACAUGUGGGCAUUAUUUCUAAAAUUAUAUCAAAUACGAUAAAUAACAGGAUAUCAGAUGGGACAAAUGUUUAUAUGAACUUUUUGUGUUACUUUUACGUUCUAAAUUUAUUUCUCGAUUAUCGAAAUUAUGUGAAAUUAUAUGAAAUUAUGCUCACAUAUUAUGUGAAAUUACGUUCGCAUAUUGUGAAAUAUUCUAUAUACCUCAUAUAUAUCACACAAUGUAAUCCUUCGACAAACCCUCCCAACGUUUACUUUGCGGUCGAUAAACAACGGAUGAUAAAAUAUCGCUCGGGAAUUUUCGACGUUACAUCGGCGUAUCUGUCGGUAAGGCGAAAUACUAUCGAAAUGCCGCGCAUUCGAGAGUUAAAGGAUGCUUCGAAUUAUCCUAGGCAUUCCUCACUGCCAGACAGGAUAAGAGCUGACUUCAUGCAUCUCCCCGAACUGUUCUUUCGUUCCCAACGACAAACUAUUUCACCGAGUACCGCUGCUUGAAACGAAGGGAAAGAAGAAGCAAAAAGGAAAAAAAGAGAAACGAAUUCUCUCGCUUGUGUCAUUCCGCGCGCGUUAUCCUCUUAACUGGUUUAACGGUUGCACACAAUCGUGUGUUAGAACGUUAUUAGCGCGCUUCGGAUGAGAAAUAAGAAGAGAGACUAUAUUAAAAAAAGUGUUGCAUUCAAGUAAACCAUUAUUCCGAUAGUUCCGAGCAAAUUUUUACUUGGCUCAAGUAAAUUUUACCUGGAUCAAAUAUUUA